AGCUAUAUGGGCCAAAGCUGCAUUCAAUCUUCUUCUUUACAUGCUUGCUGGUCAUGUAUUUGGAGCCUUGUGGUACUUUUUUGCCAUAGAAUGACUGUACGCUGGAAGAAUGCCUGCAUAAAUCAUACUGGAUGUAGUCAAGGUUCUUUUAACUGUAAUCAAAGUUCAGGAGACUACAAAUUUCUGAAUGAUUUUUUUUCUACAAAGACUCAGAACACGGUUGCUUUUGAUUUUGAAAUGUUCGAUGAUGCUCUUCAGUCUGGUAUUGUGGAGGUGACAGAUUUUCCACAGAAGUUUUUACAUUGCUUCCAAUGGGGUCUGCAAAACCUCAGCUGUUUCGAUCAAAAUCUACAAAAAAGUACCUUCAUCUGGGAAAACUUCUUUGCAGUUUGGAUUACCAUUUCUGGUUUGGUGUUGUUCCUCUUUCUCAUCGGAAAUAUGCAGACGUAUCUGCAGUCCAAGACUAUAAGAUCAGAGGAGAUGAGAUUGAAGGGGAGAGAGAUAGAAUACAUUUGGCAAGAAACCAAUGGUGUUGAUGUAGACAAUUUGCCCAAUAAUCUUCCCAAGGACCUUAGAAUGAACAUAAAACGUGAACUCUGCUUAGAACUGCUAAAAAAAGUAGAAGAAUUCAAAAAGUUGAAUGAAACAACACUGGAUGCGCUCUGUGAUUGUGUAAAGCCAGCUUUCUACAUUGAGCGCACUCACAUAAUCCGAGAGGGAGACCCAAUUGAAGAGAUGCUCUUCAUAGUGCACGGCAAACUAUGGACCUACACCUCCAAGGCUAAAACAACUGCCUCUGCCUCUGCUUCGGAAAGCACGGAGCAUUGCAAAGAGAAUAAAAAUAAAAAUUGUAAAAUUAAAGAUCAUCUGAAAGAUGGCGACUUCUGUGGAGAAGAAUUUAUUGCAUGGGCUCUGGAUGAACCCUCCUCAUCCAAUCUCCCUAUGUCAACAAGAACUAUUCAAGCGCUUACUAAAGUUGAAGCCUUUGCUCUUGUGGCAGAUGACUUGAAAAAUGUAUUCAUUAAGUACCAUCUUUCGAGCUCUUGCGAAUUGAACUUGAAUCAUCCGAUGAUUCAGGCAGCUCGAGUGAUACAAGAUGCCUGGCGUCGGCAUCAUACUUCAACGAACUCAUGA